AUGGCUCCAACACAACAAGGACAGCCAUUCAUUCCGGUGGUUUCCCAACAGUUUCGGCCAGUUGGACAAGGUAUGCCUUCUUCCAAUGUUGGGAUGCCUGCUGCUCAAAAUCAGCCUCUGCAGUUUUCUCAACCAAUCCAGCAGUUACCGCCAUGGCCAAAUCAGCCUGGCCCUGGGGCACCUUCAGCACAGGCUUUAUCAAUGCCUUAUGCUCAACAAAACAGACCUCUAACAUCAUCGCAGCCCCAGCAAACUCCCCCUCCAUUAAGUAAUCAUAUGCAUGGGGUUGGCACCUCAGGAAUUCCUAUUUCCUCACCAUAUGCUUUUGCACCAUCUUCUUUUGGCCUGACCCAAAAUAGUGCCAGUGCAUUGCCCCAGUACCCACCAAUGUCUCAAAUGCAUGCACCUGUUGUACCUAUGGGGGGACAAUCUUGGCUGUCUUCUGGAAGUCAUGGUGCUUCACUUGUUCCCCCAGUACAGCCUGCUGUUACCCAGCCUUCUAUAUCUUCUUCCUCAGAUUCGGCAGUAGCUGUUUCUAGCAAUAUUCAACUGUCUUUGAGUGACUGGCAGGAACAUACAGCUUCUGAUGGGAGGAGAUUAUGUUUUUCUUACAACGUUUCAGAUGUUAGAUAUUAUUACAACAAGAGAACAAAACAAUCUAGUUGGGAGAAGCCCUUUGAGUUGAUGACGCCAAUUGAGAGGGCUGAUGCAUCGACUGUUUGGAAGGAAUUCACAACUCAAGAGGGGAAGAAGUAUUACUACAACAAGGUUACGAAGCAAUCUAAGUGGUCAAUGCCUGAGGAAUUGAAGAUAGCUCGUGAACAGUCUCAACAAACAGUUGGCCAGGGGAUUCAAUCAGAAACUGAUGCAGCUUCAAGUGCCUCAACUGCUGUUGCUGUCACCUCAAGCGAAACAUCUACCGCAGCUAUUUCGGUUAGCUCUAGCUCUUCUUCGAUGUUAUUGGGGGUCUCUUCGAGCCCAAUUUCAGUCACACCUGUCGCUACUGUUGCUAAUCCAUCCCCAGUGGUAGUUUCUGGAUCACCAGCUCUUCCUGUUGCACAUUCUACCACAGCUAGUGCUGUAGGUGUCCAACCCUCUGUGACUCCUUUACCCACUGCUGUUUCAGUUAGUACUGGAGCUCCUGCUGAAGCAGUUGAUGCAAAGACAACAUCAUUGAGUAGCAUUGAUAAUCUAUCAUCUCAAGGUGUUGCAAAUUCUUCAGAUGGAGCAUCUAUGAUGGUUGCUGAGGAAUUGAAUAAUGGAUUGAUGAAUUCGGGAAAACCUAAUGCCACUCCUUUGGAGGAGAAGACCCCAGAUGAGGAACCUUUAGUAUUUGCCAACAAGCUGGAGGCUAAAAAUGCAUUCAAAGCUCUUCUAGAAUCUGCAAAUGUCCAGUCUGAUUGGACUUGGGAGCAGACGAUGAGAGAGAUCAUUAACGACAAAAGAUAUGGUGCUUUAAAAACCCUUGGCGAGCGGAAGCAAGCAUUUAAUGAGUACUUGGGUCAACGGAAAAAACUAGAAGCUGAGGAGAGGCGCAUAAGGCAGAAAAAGGCUCGGGAAGAGUUUGCCAAGAUGUUGGAAGAGUCUAAGGAAUUGACAUCAUCCAUGAAGUGGAGCAAAGCUAUAAGUCUGUUUGAAAGUGAUGAACGGUACAAAGCUGUUGAGAGAGCCAGAGACCGAGAGGAUCUUUUUGACAGCUACAUUGUAGAACUUGAAAGGAAGGAAAAGGAGAAGGCUGCUGAGGACCAUAGGAGGAAUGUAGCAGAAUAUAGAAAAUUUCUGGAGUCCUGUGAUUUCAUUAAGGCCAACAGCCAAUGGCGAAAAAUUCAAGAUCGCUUAGAGGAUGAUGAAAGGUGUUUGCGUCUUGAAAAACUUGACCGUUUGCUCAUUUUCCAGGACUAUAUUCGUGACUUGGAGAAAGAGGAAGAGGAACAAAAGAAGAUACAGAAGGAACAAUUGAGACGGGCUGAAAGGAAAAAUCGUGAUGAGUUCCGCAAAUUGUUGGAAGAACAUGUUGCUUCUGGCUCCCUUACUGCUAAAACUCACUGGCUUGACUAUUGUUUGAAGGUUAAGGAUUUGCCUCAAUAUCAUGCUGUUGCAACAAAUACUUCUGGCUCAAAACCAAAAGAUCUGUUUGAAGAUGUUUCUGAAGAAUUAGAGAAACAGUAUCAUGAUGAUAAAACUCGUAUAAAGGAUGCAAUGAAGUUGGGGAAGAUCACUGUGCUGUCAACAUGGACAUUUGAAGACUUCAAGGCUGCUUUUUCUGAUGAUGUUGGUUCCCCGCCAAUAUCCGAUAUCAACUUAAAGCUUUUAUACGAGGAGCUAGUUGAAAGAGCCAAGGAGAAGGAGGAGAAAGAAGCUAAAAAACUGCAACGUCUUGCUGAUGAUUUCACUAAACUACUGUAUACUUUUAAGGAAGUAAUCGCAUCUUCUAACUGGGAGGAUUGCAAACCACUUUUUGAGGAGACCCAGGAAUACAGAUCAAUUGGGGACGAGAGUUUGAGUAAGGAGAUUUUUGAAGAAUAUGUCACACACUUACAGGAAAAGGCUAAAGAGAAGGAACGCAAGCGUGAGGAGGAAAAGGCCAGAAAAGAGAAAGAGAGAGAGGAAAAAGACAAGAGAAAAGAGAAGGAGAGAAAGGAGAAGGAGAAGGAGAGAGAGAAAGAACGUGAAAGGGAAAAGGGGAAGGAACGGACAAAAAAGGAUGAAACAGAUAGUGAAAAUGUUGAUGCAAGUGAUGGUUAUGGCCACAAGGAGGACAAAAGGAGGGAAAAGGACAAAGACAGGAAACAUCGGAAACGGCAUCAAAGUGCCACCGAUGAUGUAAAUUCUGAUAAGGAUGAGAAAGAGGAGUCUAAAAAACCACGCAGACAUAGCAGUGACCGUAAAAAAUCGAGAAAGCACACACACACCCCUGAAUCAGAUGGUGAAAGCCGUCAUAAAAGGCACAAGAGAGAUCACCGGGAUGGUUCCCGUAGAAAUGGUGGUUAUGAGGAGCUUGAAGAUGGGGAGCUUGGUGAGGAUGGGGAAAUCCGGUAG